UUAAUAAAUUCUAAAGUUCUGUACUCGAGUUCCGUGUCUAAACCUGUUUUGUGCUUGGUUAAGGUGUUAUUCAUAUAAUAAAUAAUUUUUUCAAUUUAAUAGUACACGUUGUAAAUUUUUGUAUAUCAUGAUAUAAAAGAGUCAUGAAAAGAAUAAAACUUAAGCCAGAGAAACCGAAUCCAUUGUUUGAGUUUUGGUUAGAAGAAUGGAAGAAAGAAGCUGCAUCUAGAAAUUCUGAUUUACAGCAUCAUUUUUCGAAAGCACUUGUUUCGUUGAAAAAAUAUCCCUUGCCGUUAAAAUCUGGGAAGGAUUGUAUAAUAUUACAACACUUUGGCACAAAAUUAUGCUCGAUGUUGGAUAAAAAACUUGAAAAAUAUAAAGCACAAAAUGAAUUCUUAAGAAAUGAAAAUAACCUUUGCGAGUAUUGCAGUUGUAAUGAAUAUAUACGCAAAAGAAAAAAUAAAUCACCACAAACUGUCAUAAAUGCAGGCUCUGUGCAUGGAAAAACGCAACUAAUAGCAUUUGAUAACACAGAGUUAUUAUCUUGGGAUGUAGAAAAUUAUGCUGCUUUAUUGAUAUUAUAUAAAAAUAAAAAGGACACAUGUGAUUCAGGAUAUGUUACGGAAGUAGAUCUACUAACUGAAAUAAAAAAGUUAUGUGGUCAUGCAUCAAAGACUUCAAUUUCAGACUUGUUUGAUAGUGGCUUAAUUGCAAUGAUAGGUGCACCAAUUAGAUAUGACCUCACAGAACAAGGUAUAAAUAUUUUAGAAAAAAUAUGUGGGGUUACAACUACUAAUGUAAAAUCAAUAAAUUGUUCUGAAAUUUUAAAUAAAAUUCAGAUAUCCUUAAAGACCUCGUCAAAAUCACAGACAUCAGAGUUAAUGAAGAAUUUUAAUAAUGAAAAUAUAAAUAAAUCUGCAGAAUGUAUUACUACUGAAAGUUGUAAAGAACAAUUUAAUGAAAACAUUAUAAGACAGAAAUCCUUGGAAGGUAAUACAGAUCUAGAAAAAGUACAAGGAAAAGCAAAAGAAGUAAAAAAUGUAAAACAUGUGAAUAAUUUAGACAAUAAGAAAAAAGAAAUCAGUAAUCUCCAAAAAACCAUUUAUUUAGAAGCAAAUAAAUUUGAUAUAAUACUAUUAGUAGAUACACAGGAGACUUGUGGUGGUAGGACGAAACCACAACAUGAUGCUACUAUAAAGGAAUUAACACAACUUGAUGUAUUGUUUGAAAUACGUCACUUAAAAGUUGGCGAUUUUGCGUGGAUUGCUAGAUGCAGAAAUAAAAAUAAUGAAUUAAUUUUACCUUACAUAGUAGAGAGAAAAAGAAUAGAUGAUUUAAGUGCAAGUAUCACAGAUGGGAGAUUUCAUGAACAAAAGUUCAGAUUAAAACAUUCUGGAAUUACAAAUCUCAUGUAUAUUAUUGAGGAAUGUGCAAAGGCUCAAAGAUUAACAAUACCACAUUCAUCAUUGAUGCAAGCUUCUAUUAAUACUUUAAUACAAGAUGGUUUUUCUAUAAAAUAUACUAAAAGUCAUAAAGAUUCUAUGUUUUAUUUGUCUUCAUUAACUAGAAUUUUAAUUAAAACUUUCAAAGGAAAAAAUCUAAUAGGAUGUAAAAAAGAAGUAAUUGAACAGACAGAUAUUUUAAGCAAUACUUGUAAUCUUAUGGAAUUUGAAGAAUUUAAUAAAGCAGCUUCUAAACAAAAGGUAUUUAAAGUAAGCGAAAUGUUUGUCCGUCAAUUAAUACAAUUGAAAGGAAUGUCUGUUGAUAAAGCUUUAGCAAUUGUAGAACAUUAUCCAACUCCACAACUAUUAAUUGAAGCUUUUCAAGCAUCUGAUUGCAAUGGCGAAUUAUUAUUAGCAAAUAUUGAAUUUGGUGAUAGGAAACGUUCUAUAGGAUCAAUAAUUAGUAAAACAAUUUAUCAAUUGUAUACGAAAAAAAAUUUUAAUUGA